UACGCUGUGCCGUCCAGCUCCGACGCCUCUCGCGUGCCAUUCAUACCACCUUACCGGCUUCCUCGUGGUAGCUAUUGUCACCUUCUGCCUCCCCUCCCGUCCGGCUAGCCUCGACCCGUCCGCCUCCUGGGGUGCACCCUGCGUAGCAGCGACCGAUUGCCUCAGCGCCCUUUUCGAACAGUCCGGACCAUGUCAUCCUUCCCGCUGACCGACAGCUCAGACGCAGAGGCAGACGACGGCGAGCGACGCACCUUGCUGCGCGAGGGCGAGAAGCGGGUGCACCGCAUCUUCUCCGGUUUCAUCGACUUCGCCUUCUCGGGCAACAUCCUCGAAAUCGCAUUCGGCCUGAUUCUAGCGACCGCCUUCACAUCGGUUACCACCUCGCUCGUCAGCGACAUCCUGCUCCCGCCGCUGUCCAUCGUCCUCCCGCUGCGGAAGAACUUGGUCGAGAAGUUCGCCGUGCUGCGGCCGGGACCCAAGUACGAUGAGUUGAACGGCUACAACACGCUAGAGCAGGCUCAGGACGAUGGUGCCAUCGUGCUAGCGUACGGCGUCUUUCUCAACAAGGUCGUCAGCUUCCUCGGCAUGGGCGUCGCGCUGUACGGCUUGGCCCACCUGUACCAGUAUCUGUCACGUGAUCCCAUCAUCAAGCAUACCGUCAAGUGCAGGUAUUGCAAGAGAAGUGUCAGCGAGAAGGCGACCCGCUGCGUAAACUGCACCAGCUGGUUGGAUGGCCGAGAGGACCGGACGCCAUAGACGGGUAUCUCGACGAGAUCUGUGCCGCGUCGGACGC